AGCCUGUUUCUAGUGUUGUCUUUGUGGAGCUCGUUGACUUGUUUGGGAGGAGAGGCAUGUCGUGCUGUUAACUAAUGUAACCUCAUAUGAGACUAGCGCAUAAUCUAAAUUCAAUUAAAUCUCGAUGUGUGAUAGGCCUUUAGUGCGUUUGCCUUACUGGUUCAGCCACGGUUUGUGGUUCUUGAGUGUGUCUGUUGAGGUCAUGCUGUCUCGAGCUAACAAAUUAAAGUAAGCUAACCUUAGCAAGCUAACGCUGACAAUACUUGGUUAAAAAUCAAACAGUUGUGACAUAAAUACGGUGUAAUAACUUUUCCCGGAAGAUGUUCAUGAUAGAGCUUAUUUAAUACAAUAAGGUAGAUAUCAAAAGCAGUUUCAGAUAUUGAAUCCCAUUGAGAAAUACUUCUUAUUAAUCAAUGACCACACAGUGUAUUCUAAUGGGAAUGUUGAUUCAUCACUUUAUAAAAACGAAGGAAAUGUCUUAUUAACCGCCUUUUUUAUGAGCCGAUUGAAAAAACACACCGUGUUUGGUACAUUGUGUCGCUAUUUGUCAUUCUUUUGUAAGAAGCUGUUAAACUUUGUCACCAUGCGACGACUUUUAACAAGAGUCAUAAACCGAGUGUUGUUGUGUGGGACGCUGAAACCGGCCAUGGGCAUUGAAGCAGAAAUGCACACACAAUGCCAACGGAGGCUGGUGGUGGGGCUGGGUAACACAGGGAUGGAGGGUACCAGACACAACGUCGGCAUGGCCGUGCUCGGCGCGCUCGCCGCCCGGCUCGGCGUGGCUGACCGCUGGAGUGGAGACAAACACGUGUCUGGUGAGGUCAUCCUGUCAGAGGUCCAACAAACACACGUGGUGCUGCUGCGGCCCCGGCUGCUGAUGAACAUCAACGGAGUUUCAGUGGCCAAAGCAGCUGCUAAAUACGGCAUCAAGCCUGAACACAUCCUGCUGGUCCACGAUGAACUGGACAAACCUCUGGGGAAAAUUGCAAUAAAACAUGGAGGAAGUGCCAGAGGUCAUAAUGGAGUCCGCUCCUGUGUAGAUUGUCUGCAAACUGAUGUGAUGUCCAGAAUUCGGGUGGGGAUCGGCCGACCGGUGGGGAAAACAGUGGAGCGUCAUGUCCUGGGCCGAUUCUCCAGCGAGGAGAAGAAGGUUCUGGACUCUGUUCUGGUCCAGAGUGUUGAUAUCCUCCUUUCCCAACUCUCCAUGCAGGACUCGCAACAGGACUCCCCGUCUCCCUCCUCCCCAGCAGGGGGCAGAGAAGCAGCACAGAAGUCUCAGCUGAAGCAAAAACAUGAACCCUGACAGAGAGAGGAUCUGUACUGUGACUGUAUUUAUUCUCUGUCCUGAGGUGAAUGAGCCAAAGGAGACACAUUUCCACGAGCAUGAUAACUGCUCCACAUGAAACUUGAUCCUUCUUCUUGGUAACAGGAGCAGGCGAGUGUGAAUGGAUGCCACAGCCACUUUAAAGCAGAGCUGCAACUGAUUGUGUGUGGUUUUAUUUAAAGAUUGUUAUUUACUUUAUCACGUUUUUAGAAAUGAGCAAAAAAGAAUAUCCAAAGUCUGGGUUACUAAGGACAAAAAUGCUGUAUUUUCCCUUGAUAUUGAUAUCUGAAAAACAGGAAGAAGCAGAUUUCAGUAAAGAAAAGUAGUGCUAACGCUGGCUGGGAAGCUUAUGUUUUUGAUGUGGAGUCAGGAAAAUAUAGUACAUCCAACAUUGCAAGAUAAGGCUUUUUUUUGUUCAAUGUAAAACUUGACUGGCCUUAAACGUGUAUCGGGUACAUUCAUACCAUUGUUGCCUGACACUAUGUUUUCUAAACUCAUACAGAUAAAAAUAAUAAGGAUCUAUAUACAUUUAUUGUCAAAAACACAAGUAAAACAUUUCACUUUAUAGAUUUAUAUGACAUUUCAAUAGUUUAUGCUUCCACUAUUUUGGAAAUCACUUCCAUAUUAAUAACAAAAAAGGCAAUUUAGUCAUAAAUGGUGAUCUGCAAGACUGAUUAGAAUGUAUAUAAAUGCAGAAAAUAAAAAUGCAGCAGCUGCAAAUGGCUACAGCAGCAAAAAACACUUCUAUUAGGAGACACGGCCGCAGUUUCAAAAAUACUGAAAAUAUUGCUUGCCAACACAUGCAGACGUUAAAAAACGUUUGCAAAUUUGACAAAACAUGAAACCAAAAGUGCUUCAUACACUAUAUACUGCAAAUCAAAUUAUGCUGCAAGAAUUUAAAAACUCAACGGAAACGAGGACAUUAAUAUUCUUCCAAUAUUAAUGCAGAUCUGCUGUACGCUAGCUAACUAACGAAGCUAACGUAGUCAUUUCAAAUAUACGGACAAAAAAAAUCCAAUUACGAAACAGACUUACUCUGUGACCGUUGGCCAAUUUUAUAAACCCCUUUCUACCAAUGGAAAUGGUUUGGGCCAUUGUAACGCGUUUGCCCCUGUCGGCCACCGUAGAAAACAGACAAAUUGAUGUGAAAUGGAACUUUGCAGAGUUAAUUCUCUACUUGAGGUAUCCUGCUACCGACAGAAGCUGGACUUUUGUGCUGUUUGCUUUCAGUACCUCAUAUUCUGGCAUGUUAUAUUUCACUCUUGCAGUGAGUACAGCUGUAGUCAGGACUCAAGCCAUGACCUAGAAACACAAAUGUCCUUACUGAGAUGCUCCUCUGUAGUGUGAGCACUGCAAAGAACGUAUUGUGUCUGGCAUAAAAGACAACGUAAGCAUAA